ACAUAAUAACACGCUCUCUUUUAGUCUUUUCUGUACACAGAUGGAAGGCAAAACUAGUGUCAUUAGGCUCUUGCGGUAUCUUAUCCCAACUACCGGCGGCAAAUGCAACAUCGGCUCUCAUGGACGCUCGCAAGACCUCCACCUUCGCCCCUCCUCCGCCCAACUAUAAGCUUAUCGUGCACAGAGUCUCGGCUCUCUUCCGCUCGAAAGAUUAGGGCUAGGGUUUGGACACCGCCGUCGUGCUCCUCCUCCUCCCAAAAGGCAGCCGCGGCGGAACUGGAAGCAGAGCUGCUGCCGAAUGCGCGACGCCGGAAGAGCGACCCGAGCUGGUCCGGCGGCUUCAGCCUCGGCGUCGACCUCGGUGCUUCUCGCACCGGCCUCGCCCUCAGCAAAGGCUUCUUCCCUCGCCCCCUCACCGUAUUGGAGCUGCGGGGCCAGAAGCUUGAGCUUCGCCUUCUUGAAAUUGCCGAACAGAAGGUCGACGAAUUUAUAAUCGGGCUUCCGAAGUCCCGUGAUGGGAAGGAAACACCGCAGUCAAACAAGGUCCGGAGCAUGGCAGGAAGGCUUGCAGUUCGAGCUGCAGAGAGGGGUUGGAGAGUCUACUUGCAGGACGAGCAUGGAACUUCAAUAGAUGCCCUUGAUUUUAUGAUUGAUGUGGGCCUAACGAGAUCUGCUCGCCAAGGGAAAAUUGAUGCCUAUUCGGCCAUGAUGGUACUUGAGAGAUAUUUCUCAAUGUCAGGGUGUGGAGCUGAACUAGUUGUUCCUAAGCAGUUGGAAUUACAAGAAAUGCUUCGAAAGGGUUCCUGUCAAGAUUGAGUUUUAACAGAAAGCACUUUCUAUGGUGAGCAAGUGACAAAAAAAAAAAAAGGAAUAGACACUUCCAUUGCCGACAUAGGUUCUAGGUUGUGGAAGGUUACUGUAAACAUCUGGUGAUUAGUUCAUCAAAUAAAUUUGAGGCUUGACCUUAUAAUAUGCCUGCAAAUUGUAUCCUCUUACUUGAAAAAUGGCAAUGCCUAUCAAUAUUUUUUUUUU